AUGUCAUCGCCAUGCCCCUCCUCAUCCUUGCCUCUGCUAGGCAGCAUCACCAGCGGUAUUCGCUCGCCGUCAAGAGAUCCACUGCAGCAGCAGCGGGUUCACCAGCGACAUGUCCCGAGGCGACUGCGUCUCCGCGAGGACGGCAACAUUCGUGCAUGCCCAGAGAACUCUGUCAGAUGCGUCAGCCAGACAUGCGCUCCGCCGCUGCUGGCUGCUUCGGCUUUUGCUCGAGAGAAGGAGGAGCCGAGCGCAAAGCGUUAUCAUGCAGAGCCGUCAUCUUGCCUAGGAUCAAGCGGCAGCAGCAGUUCUGUCGGCCGGAGUGCGGCGGCGACAGCAGUCGUCAUUGCCGCCCCACUGCUCUCUAUGUCAAACCCCUCUUCGCGGGCUGCGCCUUCGCCUUUCCAUUAUCUGUGCACUUCUGUCGGUGGGUGCCCGGUGGUCGGGGCGAAGGGCGCGCGCGCUCAUCUGCCAGGCUCGUCAGCAAGUUGCGGCGUGAGUGGCAGUGCCGCUCUGAGGGGCCUUUCGAUCCCAUCUGCACACUCAAAGGCGCAUUCCACGACGGCAGUUGUGCGGACCUCGCCCUCGUCGCGCGUUGCGUCACCUCCGCUCUCUGCGACUCACCCCUCCCUUGUAUCUGCUUCUCGUGACUCACGCAUCGUUUGCUCUCAUCCGCAGUCCGCAUCGAUGUCUACCGUGCCUGGCGCUAUCACUGACAGAUCAGCACCGUCGCCAGUGUCAUCCCCGCUGCACCGCAUCCAUCAGCACGAGCUGCGCCCCGCGGAUUUCCGUCGUGAGGAGGUACUCGGUGAGGGGAGCUAUUCGAUCGUCACCCUUGCCACGCACCGUGCGUCGGGGCUGCUCUUCGCGCUGAAGGAGAUCGACCGCAGCCGCCUGCGAUGGCGACCACUGGAGGCGCAGCUGCGCUGGGAGAUCAAUCUGCAGCGGACGCUGCGCCACCCGCACAUUGUGCGACUCUACAGCUACUUCAUCACGCCAGAAUGCAUCAGUCUCGUAUUGGAGUACUGCAGCGGCGGGACACUGCUGAGUCGGUUGAGAGCUGCACCACAGCACCGCUUGUCGGAGCGGCAGGCAUCGCGCUACACUCGCCACGUGGCGAAGGCGCUGGCGCACCUGCAUGGCCUCGGAGUGGCGCACCGAGACCUGAAGCUGGAAAAUGUUCUCAUCGAUGCAGAAGGCAUUGCCAAGCUGGCAGACUUUGGCUGGUCGCGCCCUGUCGUGCAUCCGUUGCCACCCAGUAAGCCAGUGGCUACUGCUCAGACUGUAGGUGACAGGAACGACGCACCGCGUACCAGCGUGAAGCACGACACGAGCAACGAGGACUCGACGGAAGAGGUGACAGAGGGGCGCCGCACCGUGUGUGGCACGCUGGACUACCUCUCCCCUGAGAUGGUCUCCGGCCAAGAACACUCGGCCAAGACAGACGUCUGGUCGCUUGGUGUCAUGCUGGCCGAGAUGCUGACCGGCACACCGCCGUUCUACACUGAGUCGACGCAGCGGACACUUUACGCCAUCCAGCGGCUGCCGCCAAACCUCACUGGCUUACACCUCACAGGCAGUGGGUCAGGACUUACUGGUAGCGGUGCCUCCGCCACGGCCAAUGUGUGUAUGACCCUCGACGAACCUGUAGCCCUCUCUGCAGGUGCGCUGUCUCUCAUUCACGCUAUGCUCCAGAAGGAUCCGGCGGCGCGACCGCCGAUGUCGGAGGUGUUGGGCCACCCCUGGCUGCAAAAAACGCGUUAG